AUGAACCUCAGCCAACUUAUAAAGUCUUCUACACGAAUCACCAAUACCACUCAAUCCUUAUUAGACGUUGUAUUGGUCUCCUCGAACUCGCUAGUACGUCGUAGCGGUGUUUUAAAUACAACAAUAAGUGACCACCUUCCAGUCUAUGUCGAUUUCAAGCUGAAAUCUCGCAAACAUCCUCCUCAUUACAUAACCGUUCGUAGCUACAAGAACUAUUCGCCUAGUUUAUUCAUAACUGACCUCGCCAGAAGCUCACACGACAGCUUAUUAUCUAUUUUCAACGACGGUGACGUAAAUAGUAUGUUAGACACAUUCAACCAAACCAUCCAAUCUACUCUAGACUCGCAUGCUCCUAUAAAGACAGUCAAAGUACGUAGCCGUCCUUGUCCGUUUGUAACUCAGGACAUAAAGGACCUCAUGAAGACCAGAGACCAGCUACACCGCCUAUACUUACAAACUCGGGACGACCUUGAUUGGAGUAAUUUUAAGGAUGCUCGAAAAGCUGUUAAGAGAAUGUUAAAAGAUUCUGAAGAAAUUACUAUUUGGAUGAAGUUCAGCGACAUAAAAACAACCCAGGCUCUCUUUGGAAAAUUAUCAAUCAAGCCAUACCAUCAAAAAGUAAGGAAAAUCAUGCUUACACCAAAGACCCAAAGACAGUCGCUGAUGAAUUCAAUCAGUUUUUCUCGUCUGUAGGCAAAAAUGCAGCAGAUGCGUCAAUUCGUCUAGCAGAAGAGAAAAACAUUACUGUAGAAGAAACACCUUUAGAGACCGUUUAUAUGCCUUCCCAAGAUCUCUUUUCCUUCCGAACAGUAACCAGCGAAGAAGUACGCCGUGUCACUGCAUCCCUGCCAUUGAACAAAACCCCUGGACCAGACAAGAUAAACUCUAGAAUCCUCAAAGACUGUCUCCCUGUUAUACUAGGACCCCUAACACAUAUAAUUAACUGCUCUAUAACCUCUCAUACAUUCCCUACUGCAUGGAAGGAAGCGGAAGUGAUUCCCAUAGUGAAAGACGGAGACCACGAAGUAGCGUCAAACAACCGCCCGAUAUCUCUUCUUGCCAUAGGUUUGUGAAAAAAAUGUUCUUGAACAAUUCAGUAGCUAUCUUAUAAGCAAAAACCUGCUCUCUCCUCAUCAAAGCGGAAAUAAAAAACUCCAUUCCACAGAGACCCUGAACAUUUUUAGUACCGACACGAUGCUAGAGGCUAUGGACAAAAAGGAACUCACCGCUCUAGUAUUAUUAGAUCUCUCGAAAGCCUUCGACAGUAUUAACCAUCACAGAUUGUUACACAAACUAGCGAAUGUCGGCGCUUCCCCAGCAACAGUACAGUGGUUUAAAAGCUACUUGUCAGAUCGCUUUCAGUCCACCCGCAUCAACUCCGCCCUAUCUGAUCCACUACCAAUCACUCACGGAGUACCCCAAGGUGCGACGCUUUCACCAUUAUUAUUUUGUAUUUACUUGAACGAUCUUCCCUCCGUAUCUCGUGACUCCAGCCUUGAAUCGUACGUUGAUGACUCGAAAGUUCUCCUCUCCUUCCCAUUACGUCAGAUUGAUGCAGCAAUUGCAAAUCUCGAGCGAGACCUACACAGAGUUGCAAGUUGGUGCUGUGAAAACCACCUUUUAAUUAACCCGGGGAAAACAAAGUACAUGAUGAUCGGAACAAGGCAGAUGAUGAGCAAACUACCUACAGACACAUCAAUUUCAUUCUUGGGCAAGUCUCUUAAACCAGUGGACUCUGCUAAAGAUUUAGGUGUCACAUUAGAUAGACACCUAAAUUACGACAAACAUGUCUCGCUUCUUGUCUCGUCGUGUAUGAACAAAUUAUGUCAGAUAAAUCGUGCAAAAAAUAGUUUCGACACAAAAACUUUAUCGGAAGUCAUUUCAUCCUUGGUCAUCAGCAAAAUGGUUUAUUGUUCUUCGGUGUGGUCGAAUACGUCUGCCUCCAACGUGAAGAAAGUUCAGUCGAUCCAGAACUUUGCUUGCAAAAUCGUCACGAAAUCCAGGAAGUUUGACCACGUAACUCCACUUCUACGUGAAUUGAAUUGGCUCCCAGUAGACAAACUACUAUAUUUUAGAGACGCCAGUUUGACUUAUAAAUGUGUGAACAACCUAGCACCCGACUACCUUUGUAACAAAUUGAUAAAAAGGUCAUCAAUCCACGACCGUAGGACUCGUACACACGACUCUCUUCAAAUACCACUAUUUAAGACUGCAGCUGGCCAACGAUCAUUUACAUAUAGAGCCGUCCAUAUUUGGAACAAUUUAGACAAGAACUUGAAAGACUGCUCUUCACUUAAAAUUUUUAAAGUAGCACUUAAAAAGCAUUUGCUUGCAAAAGAUAACAUUUAG